AACCAUCGUUCAUCCCAUUUAGAACUGUGUCAUACAAUACCCUUUAUUCUACUUCCUAAUUUUCAAACUGUUACUGUCAAUUUAACUUAUAUUUCACAAUAUUUAAUUUACAUUGUCGCCAGAUAUAUGGGGAUGCGCGAUCUAAUAGAAAUAGGGAAGGGGUUACGAUUUGCGAUUAUGCUUUUUUCGUGGGCAGUCGUGUUUCAAAACAAAUAAAGCAUUACUAAAAAAAGUUGAAUUGGUUUGUUUUUAAGUGGUGUUCCAAAAAAUGGUUUAAGCAAUGUUAAUCAUUUUUCGUCGUACGAACUGUAUUCCUUUUCGUCAUCUAUUACGCAACUAUACGUGGGAAAAAGUCAUUAUGAAGGAGGAGUUGAUGCCACGAAGCAGAUCAAAUCCAGUGAUCACAAAAUUGGAUAAUCCACUAUUUCAUUCCAUAUUUACACCAGAACUUAACGAACUAGCGCGAUUGUUUAAACAAUAUAAUUAUGAGAUCAAGAUUGCUGGUGGUGCUGUUAGAGAUAUUUUGAUGGAUAUAAAACCGACGGAUUUAGAUUUUGCAACGGAUGCUACUCCGGAUCAAAUGAAAGAGAUGUUUGAGAAAGAAAAGGUUCGAUUGAUCAACGCCAAAGGAGAAAAACAUGGCACGAUGACACCAAGAAUAAAUGAUAAAGAGAAUUUUGAGGUGACAACUUUAAGGAUCGACACACAUACUGAUGGUAGACACGCAAAAGUACAGUUUACGAAAGAUUGGAAAUUAGAUGCUCGCCGAAGAGAUCUAACGAUAAAUUCCAUGUUCCUCGAUCUCGACGGAAGAGUGUACGAUUAUUUCUUUGGCUAUGAUGAUCUGCAAAAGAGAAGGGUCGUUUUUGUUGGAGAUCCAGCAUACAGAAUUAGGGAAGACUAUCUGCGAAUUCUAAGGUAUUUUCGAUUUUAUGGGAGAAUCGCUGAACGACCAAACGAUUACAACGAAUUUACGAUAGCAGCAAUAAAAGAGAAUAUACAUGGAUUGGAAGGGAUUUCAGGAGAAAGAAUUUGGAAUGAAUGGGCGAAAAUUCUUUCUGGGAAUUUCGCCAAAGAAUUAACUUUAAAGAUGUUUGAGUGUGGCAUUGCAAAAUACGUAGGACUUCCAGACAAUCUGGAUAUAGAAAGAUUUAAAACUGUUUCUGAUGGAUGUAAACAAAAUAACUUUUCUUUACAACCGAUUACUUAUCUUGCCAUGUUGCUGAAAAAUGAGGAUGACGUACUUCAACUCCAUAAAAGAUUGAAAUUUUCUGCAUUUGAGAGGGAUCUGGCAUUUUUUGUACUUAGAUUCUGGGAGGAUCAGCCUACGACGGAUGCCUUGAAAUUUUAUAAAAGAAUUCUUAUGCACGCAAAAGGAAAACCCGAGCAUAUGAAGACAUAUAUAUGUGAAUUGCUAAAAUGUAAACAAAAGUAUAAUCUAGUCGAAGAAAUAGAAAAAACAGUUAUACCUAGAUUGCCAGUUACGGGCCAUAUACUAAGUCAACAAGUACCAAACCAGAAGAUGCUUGGCGCUGUCAUUAAAAAAUUGAAAGAUAUUUGGUUGGAUAAGAAUUUUGAAAUGAAUGCAGAAGAAUUAUUGCAAGAAGUUCCUCGAAUUGUUAGUGAAUUAGAGGAUAAGAGCUAAAAGAAAGAAUAUUCUGUUACGUGAAUAAAUUCUCCUGAACUUUAUACUUCUCAAAUAAAGAAUUCUCAAAGACUCA